UAUCUCUAUCUGGCUUUAAAGUCUUUAUACUCCUGUCGCUUUCUGUCUGUACCAAAAGAAGUAAAGAACCUUGCUCUCUCUCUCCUUCUCUCUGCUUCUUCUCUGUUUCUUUCACGUUUUAUGAGAGUUUCUUAACAAUAUCUAGUCUUUAGUUUUAUCAUGCAAAGCUAGUGAGAGGAAAGAGAAAAUUCUGGUGUGGAACUUCUACUUCCACUAAUCAGGUUUCGAUCUUCUUCAACUUCCGAUUCGGCCAGAAACUUUCCAAAUCUGAGAUCUGACAUGGAACAUCAAGGUUGGAAUUUUGAGGAGAAUUGCAACUUAUCCAACAAUAGGAGAUCAUCUUUAAGGCCACAGGAUGAACUAGUAGAGUUGUUAUGGCGAGAUGGGCAAGUGGUUCUGCAGAGCCAAACUAACAGAGAGCAAACCCAAGCCCAAACUGUGAAACAUGAUCAUCAUCAAGAAACCCUAAGAUCCCACACCUUUCUUGAGGAUCAAGAAACCGUCUCUUGGUUACAAUACCCUCCAUAUGAAGACCAAUUCAUAACCGACGGCUUCUCAUCUCAUUUCUUCUCAACCGGUAAUCCCCUGGAGAGACCAGCCUCAGAGAUGGUUAAGCACGAGGCCGGUCCUGACCCUCCUGAUCAGGCCAUGCCUCCUCCUAUGUUUAGGUUAACGGAUUCAUCAUCAAGUGUCAAGGAACUAGGAAAGGAACAAUACUCGGUUGUGACCGUUGGACCGAGCCAUUGCGGAAGCAGCCAAUCUCAUAACAAUCUUGAUGUCUCAGUGCGUCAUGAUCGGAGCAAAACUGUCAAUGAAAGGCUUUACCAUAACGCAGGUUCAUCAUCAGGUGGCUCCUCUGGUUGCAGCUUUGGCAAGAACAUCAAAGAAAUGGCUGGUGUGCAAAGCAUUACAACAGACCGUAAGAGAAAACAUAUAGUGGACACUGAUGAAUAUGCAUCUCAACCAGAUGUAAUAGGUAACAAAACGAACCAACGACCAGGAUCAACGGGCAGGAGUCGAGCAGCUGAAGUUCAUAAUCUCUCCGAAAGGAGGAGAAGAGAUAGGAUCAAUGAGAGAAUGAAGACUUUGCAAGAACUAAUACCUCACUGCACUAAAACUGAUAAAUUAUCAAUAUUGGACGAAACCAUAGAUUACAUGAAGUCACUUAAGUUACAACUUCAAGUUAUGUGGAUGGGGAAUGGAAUGGCUGCUGCUGCGACAGCUCCGAUGAUGCUCCCUGGCGUACAACCUCAGCCGUUCAUCCGCCAGAUGCAGAGCCCGGUACAGUUGCCUCGAUUUCCGGUUAUGAACAAUCCCGGUAUAGUUUGUCAAAAUCCGAUACAAAACCAAGUUUUCUCCAAUUGGUUUGAUAGAUACAUUGGCGUAUUCCCACAGAUGCAGGCCGCGCCUCAGCCGGUGGAGAUGCUAAGAUUUGGUUCUCAGGCGGGACAGCAAAGUCAACAACCGUCUGCGCCGGCGAAGACCACCGACGGUUCUCGUUAGAGCUACAAAACUGACGUUGCACUUUUCUUUUCUUCUUGGUUUAUUUAUAUAGAUAACCUUAUGAACAUGAUUAAAACGUUAUUUUCUGUAUAUGCGAGUUUAUGUACGUUUAAUUUUUGUCAAAAUGAGAUGAGCUUUUUGUAAUUCUGUAGAACCUUUUUUUUUGUAAAAUGGCAU